CUCCCGGAGAGCACGUCGUGUGUUUUCCUCCCUCCUCCCCCCGGCCGAUACGUGGUGUUUUUUUUUAACUCCGUUCGAAAAAAUCGGUGUUCGAUCGACGACAAAACCGGUGUCAACGUACGCGCAGAAACACACGCAAAGAUAUCCUCGAGCAGGAUAUAAACAGCCCCUUCGAAGGGUGGUCGCGAUUAAAAAAUAAAGAAAGAAGAAGAGCAAAACCACACGUACACAAAAUUCGAUCCCUACGAUGACGUCAGUGUGCGACAAGUGUUAGCGCGUGUGACAUCCAUAUCGUCCCCAUCGCUGACGAUCGAAGAGAAGGAAAAAAAAAGAAAAGAAAGAGAAUCGUUCGAUCACUGGGGUGUUUCGCGAAAGAUGCCAAUGUGAUUCCUGUUUCUCGAUCCCCCACGUCACGACACACGUUCCUUAGGGGACGUUAUCUCUCGAUCCUCUCCCUCCCGUCCCUCGUUUUACGAAGUUUUUUUCUUUUAUUGUUAUUCUUUCGACGGAUAUUGUCGUACGUCGAAUACGUGUGCAUCGAGAUUUUAAUACAUACACACACACACACACAAAUACACAUCCUUCAUCCCUUAACCCAACCGUCAGUGUAAUUGCGUUAUUCGUAACGGUCGUGUGACGCAUCCUGGCGCGUUGUUCUCGCCGUACAGUGGAAUAGUCGACGAUCGUGCCGCGAUCAUGCACCACACGGCGCCCUGGUACCUACCCUGGGGCCUGAAGCUGGUGCCGCUUCCGAUCCCGCCUGGACAUCCUGCUUCCGGCAUACCGAACCCGGCCGGUCUGCAUCUACUCGCACCGUUGCCGGGGAUCUAUGCACCUGAGCCGCGAAAGGUCGAUCUGAAACCACUGCGGGAAGCGACGAUCGCUGUCCCAACCCCGAAGAUCUCGGAAAAGCGGAAGGCUGAGGAAGCCGAUGCCAGCAAAGACUUGAAGAAGGCGAAAUUGGAAACGAAAGCCCUGAAAGCGAAGAGGCCAGGAUUCACGGACGAGCGGUACAACGAGACCAGCUAUUACGUGGAGAACGGACUUCGGAAAGUCUACCCGUAUUACUUCACCUUCACCACCUUCACGAAAGGCAGAUGGGUCGGCGAGAAGAUCCUCGAGGUGUUCGCGAGGGAGUUCCGGGCGCAUCCGGCGGAAGUGUACGAACGAUGCAUCCGAGCUGGCACGCUAACGGUGAACUACCAGAAGGUGGACGUCGAUUACAGAUUACGGCACAAUGAUCUGCUGGCCAAUGUCGUUCACAGACACGAGGUGCCUGUCACCUCGGAGCCGAUCACGGUGAUACACAUGGACGAGGACGUCGUCGUGGUCAACAAGCCCGCCUCCAUCCCUGUGCAUCCGUGCGGACGGUACCGACACAACACCGUGGUCUUCAUCCUCGCGAAGGAAUACAACCUGAAGAACCUGAGGACGAUCCACAGGUUGGACAGACUGACAAGUGGCAUCCUUCUUUUCGGUAGAACGCCGAAGAAGGCGAGGCAGAUGGAGCACCAAAUAAGAAACCGACAGGUGCACAAACAAUACGUGUGUCGGGUGGAGGGCGAGUUCCCGGAGGACGAGGUGGUCUGUUCGGAGCCGAUCGAGGUGGUGUCCUACAAGAUCGGUGUCUGCAAGGUAUCCGAGAAGGGCAAGGACUGCGUGACUCGUUUCAAGCGUCUCAGCUACAACGGAAAAUCGUCGGUGGUACUGUGCAAGCCCCAGACCGGUCGUAUGCAUCAGAUACGUGUGCACCUUCAGUUCCUCGGCUAUCCGGUGGUGAACGAUCCGUUGUACAAUCACGUGGUGUUCGGGCCGCAGAAGGGAAAGGGCGGGAACAUCGGUAAAUCUGACGAGGAUCUGGUCCGUGAUCUGAUCAGCAUUCACAACGCGGAGAAUUGGCUGGGCAUGGACGGGGAUUCGGAAAUGAGUCUCUUCAAGCCUAAAUUGGACAUCGAGGAACGUGUGCCGAGCAACGACAAGGACGGCUCGCCGUCGUCGACGCCUGGUUUCACCGAGGAAGAGCAACCGCAACAACAGGAACCCUCGUUGAAGGUGACCGUUGGCACGCAGACCGGUUCAGAGCCACCGGAUUCGAGCUUCGCGACCGACAAGAUGACCGUCGAUCCGCACUGCUACGAGUGCAAAGUGAAGUACAGAGACCCGAAGCCGUCUGAUCUGGUGAUGUAUCUGCACGCGUGGCGUUACUGCGGCCCCGGCUGGGAAUACGAGACACCGUUGCCCGCGUGGGCGUCCAGCGACUGGGCCGACGAGGACCGAUAGUUCUUCCGUGUCUCGGGGACAGACACACAUACACACCAACGAGCGAACGAGCUGUCGUCAUGCACCCUUCGUACACCCCCCUUUUUGAUAUCCUUACCCCGUGCCUUCCAUCCGCCAGCGAGCGAUCUCGACCAUCGUACAUGUACCCACACCCCUUGUUGUUGACCAGGUCGCUGGACUCGCGAUCAAGACCACGCCUCGACGUUGUUGGUCCUCUCUCGAUGAAAACCUACCUGCCCCAGGUGUCUGCGCCGAAUCGAGGUUUCGAGGACGCCGAGGAGAAGCAGGGAUAAUGGGCUCCGUGAAUCUAUUCAGGAUACUACACACACACACACACACUGUGUAUAACGUUGUUUAACACGUUGACUGCCAGCUACG